CUCCCACUGACGAGCAGAAACCAACUGUCAUGAAAGAGAAAGCGCUACAUGGUCAGAAUGGCGGCCACCCGUGUUCUCCAGGGGGGAGGCGGAUCAUCCAGUGCUUCAGGUGUGGAGAACCAUGCAAGGGACGGGUGCUGCGAGUCCAGUCCAGCCACUUCCACAUAAACUGCUUUACCUGCAAGGUGUGUGGCUGUGACCUGGCUCAGAGUGGCUUCUUCAUGAAGAACAAUGACUACCUCUGCCCGCUGGACUUCCAGAGGCUUCACGGCACGCUCUGCAACAACUGCGGGGAAUUUGUGGAGGGACAGGUGGUCACAGUCUUGGGGAAGACCUAUCACCCAGUUUGCUUCGUGUGCACCGCUUGCAAACAGCCCUUUCCUGCUGGGGAUUGCGUCACCUUUAGUGGAAAGAACUGCCUCUGUCAGCGCUGUAUCCAACCCGUGUCUCCUGCUCCUAGUCCCAACACCAUCAGCUGUUCCAAUAACUGCUCUGGCUGUGGUAGGGACAUCAAGAAUGGCCAGGCUCUGUUAGCGCUGGGGGGCCAGUGGCACCUUGGCUGCUUCAAGUGUAAAGCCUGCAGGAAAGUGCUGAGCGGAGAAUAUAUCAGCAAGGAUGGCGUUCCCUAUUGUGAGAGGGACUACCAGAUUCAGUUUGGGGAAAAAUGUGAAGCAUGUCAGAAGUUUAUAACUGGGAAAGUCCUGGAGGCAGGGGAGAAACAUUAUCACCCCAGCUGCGCAAGAUGCAGCCGAUGUGACAAAAUGUUCAAAGAAGGGGAAGAAAUGUUUCUGCAAGGAUCAACAGUUUGGCACCCGGACUGCAGAAGCGGCAGCAGAACUGAGGACAGUUACAUGCCCACUAGAUCGUCAUCUGAAAGCUCCUGCUCCAGGCCGGGCUCGUGCACUCCGGGGAGUCCUGGUCGAACCAUCUAUGCAAAAGUAGAUAAUGAGAUCAUUGAUUACCGAGACUUAGCAGCCAUUCCCAGAGUCAAGGCUAUAUAUGAUAUAGAGCAUCCUGAUAUGAUGUCUUAUAAGACUGCGAACAGCAACUCAUCUACUUUGGACAACAAAGGCAAGAGACAGGACAGACAAAGCCCUGCAGAGUCACCAAGAAAUGUAUCUGAAACCACAGAGGAGAGUUUUGAAGUCAGAAAGUGCAUACCAACAUCGACAAGUCACGGGUCUUUUGGAGUUCAUUCAAUGCACAACCGUCACAGCUACACUCCGACUCUGUCCAGAUCACCACAACACUUCCACCGGCCAGGACCGAUGCUUCCUCCCUCUUUAUUAUCUGGCACCAAUGACACAUGCCCCACUUCCCCUUUAUGCCAACACUUUGUCCCUCACACCAAAGACGAAGGCUUCAACAUGUACAGAAGGCCUCCAAUUUAUAAACAGCAAGAUCCAAAUUCCUCCACAUCCCCAACAUCCUCUUUGCCUGGAUACGGUCGCAACGGCCUCAAUCCGCCACGUUCAGCUGAUUACUCUCACUACAGCAGUGACAGAUUCAGAGACUUUAAGCUCAUCUAUGACGAUCAGCAUCCAUUAUCACGAAUGGACAGAGGAGUGUCUAUGCCUAAUCUGUCGGAACCAAAGCAAGUCUACCCGUAUGAACUGCUCGCAGUUAGUAGUAGAGGCCGAGUGAAGCUUCCCAGGGAUGUUGACAGAACAAGACUCGAGCGUCACCUAUCCCCGCAUUCAUUCUUCGAGAUCUUUGGCAUGGAGAUCCAUGAAUUCAACAUACUUCCACUGUGGAAACGUAAUGGCAUGAAGAAGAGGGCCAAACUCUUCUAAAUGCUGCCUUCUGCGUGUGUUUACUCGUUAACACGCAGUAGAGUUCUGAUGACCCCUUAUGUUUAUUCCUUUGCAUUUGACACAAACAUUAGACAUUUCUUGUCUAAGAACUGGACACAAUAUUGUUUUCCCCAGUUAGUUUAUGUAGGUAAUUGUAAAGAAUAAUGUUAAAAUGUUCAAAUGUAUAAUACCUUAAAGCAGAUAUGAACAUGAGAACUCAACUUGCUAUAGUGGCUUCACUAUCAGCCAUUAUUAUUUUGUUUUUCCUAAAUCAGCCCCGUCUCCCCAGGGAUUACGUUCAUAUUGGACGAUUCAGCUGUUUACAAUUUAUCUCUAUUCAUUGUAAAUGCAACAGGUAGUGUGGCGUGUUUUAUUUAUAGCAUGCCCUAAAGUGAAAAGUAAGAACAUAACAUGUUCCUCUGUGAUGCCAGAGACAACCUAACCCAAACUUAACCUCAAAACAAUUGCUGUUAUGUUUCCACUCGACUCAUUUAGUGUAGAGUGAUCGUGCAAAACCUUGGAUUAUGAUCAGAAACAACAUUUUUCAGAGGAACUAAUGCUUUUUAAAAUAUUUUGGCAGCAUAAUAAUAAUAGUUGCAGCCUUACAGAGUUUGAGAGUGGUUUGGGUAUUUCUGGCGUCUACUUAAUCUGCUUAAAGUUAACGUGUCCUAAUUUAAAGCCUUUGUAGAUCAUUAUUAUUACCCUUUCUGAAUAAUACGUCAUGAUACCUGAUGUCUGGUGCAGUGAUUGGGUACAUGACAUGUAUAGUCAUCAACAUGUAGUUCUGAUACAAGCUGUUAAAUGACUCUUUAAUGCUUCUUCUACGUCAUAUUAUGUUUCUGAUAUUCGCUUGAUUCUCAAUGUUGGAAAGGCAACUUUUAGAUGUUACUAAAUAGUCACUGAAAUGUGCUGUUGAAGGAAUGAUUAAGAUGAUUUUAAAUGUAUUGUUGUUUUCCUCUGACUGAUCACUGUACACGUUACCUUCACACUGCUGUCCCAGCACACCACCUCAAGCGCCCUAAAUAAAAUGUUGCACUUC